GGGUCUGUUUCCAUGCUGUACAUCUCUAUGACUCUGAUACUAUGGUACAGGAAUUUCUAGUGGAGGAGGAUGGUCAGGUCAUCAGGACAAAGACGGAUAUUCUUCAUAGUCAUUAAGAGAAGCCAGGUGCCACAUUUAGAAGCAUAUAUCUCUGCAUUAUCUGGCCCGUAUAAAAAUCGGCAUGGAGAAAAUUACGUUAGAGAAAUGAAUUCGUGGCUGAAGGACUGGUGUGGGAGUAGUUGGUCCUGGUUCAUGGGGCAUCGGCACCAGUACAGGGCAAGGCGGGAUCUGUACCAGUGGGAUUGUCACCACCUGAACUAUGUUGGGACCAGUGUUCUUGCUGACUCCUCUUAACCAGGGAAGUGGUAAGGAUUUUAAUAAUGUGGGCAAAGGAUCAAAUUUGGGAAGGUGCAAUAAAUUAAAGAAUAGAGUCAAGGCCAAUGAGGAAAGUAAUAAUACAGCAAAGAGACCGUGAUUGAGUGAAAAUCUAAGAAACAACAAAUAAAGACUAGAAUUUACAAAGGAACUAAAAAGAUAAAAUUAAAUACACUAUUUGAAUAUACAUUGUAUUCAAAAGAUACCAUGAUCAAGUGAAAAUCUAAGAAACAACAAAUAAAGACUAGAAUUUACAAAGGAACUAAAAAGAUAAAAUUAAAUAUGCUCUUUGAAUACACAUAGUAUUCAAAACAAAACAGAUGAGCUGAAAGCCCAAACAGAAAUGAGUAAAUAUGAUCUGGUAGCCAUUACAGAGGUAUGGCUGCAAAAUGACAUGGACUGUGCCCCAAAUCUUAAAGGGUGCAUGGUAUCUAGAAAUCCAGGAAAAGGUUUGGGAAGGGGUUUAAGUUAAUGUUGGUGUUGGCACAGAGUAAGUGAUGACCCUAACCCCAGGAAGCCAAAAUGUAGAAAGAGUUUGGUUAGAAAUGAGAAAUCGUGAGAGUAGGAAGUCAUUUUUGGGUUCAGGAGGACAUCUUCAGUCCUAUCACUGAAAUGUUGUCAGGGCCCAUAGAGUUUAUGGUAUCCAUUAUUUUCAGCUGUUUCUCAACAUCACAUAGAGUGAACUGAACUGUCGAAAGACUGGCAUCUGUAAUGCUGGGGACCUCAGGCGGAGGCUGUGAUGGAUCAUGUACUCAACACAUCUGACUGAAGAUGAAAGAAAAACUUCAGCUUUGCCAUUUGCAGUGAUGUGCCGAGCUCCUUCAUCAUUGAGCAUGGGAAUAUUUGUGGGGGCCCUGCUCCAGGGGGAUUAGAGGAGAGAAUUUACAGAGGACAAGUCAAAAUGAACAUCACAUCAGCACCUGACAGAGUCACCCAAUUCAUCAGGACCUUCUGAAUGUGCAAAGAGAAAUGAUUCUCCGUUCUGCCUGAGGGGUGAGAUUUCAAACAUAUAUUUAACUGAAAAAGCUCAAAGGCACGCAUCUGAGUGAGAGUGUUCUAGUGACCUGACUGUGGAAAAAGCUUUAACUAGUUUCAUGGACAGCAAAAAGUUGUGCACAGUUUGCAACCGUACACUUGUUUUGAGUGUGUACGGGACUUCAACUUUCAUCACCCUGGAGGGGCAAGAGGACAGCGAUGCCGCAGAGAAACCGUGGAAGUGUGCAGACUGCGGAAAGGGAUUCACAUGUCCGUCAAAGUUGGAAACUCAUCGACGCACUCACACCGGGGAGAGGCCGUUCACCUGCUCAGUGUGUGGGAAGGAAUUCUCUCAGUCCUCCAACCUGGCGUUGCACCAGCGGGUCCACACUGGAGAGAAGCCGUACAGCUGCUCUUUGUGCGGGAAGAGAUUCACGCAGUCAUACAACCUGGCAUUACACCGGCGAGUGCACACCGGGGAGAGGCCAUUCACCUGCUCCGUGUGUGGGAAAGGAUUCAUUAAUUCAUCCAACUUGGUGUCACACCAGCGAGUUCACACUGAGGAGAAGCCAUUCAGCUGUACCUCCUGUGGAAUGAGCUUCAGGCUUUCAUCCACUCUGCUGAAGCACCAGCGAGUGCACACUGAGGAGAAACCAUUCAGCUGCACUGACUGUGGUAAAAGCUUCAGGCAUUCGGGCAGCCUCACUGUACACCAGCGCAUUCACACGGGGGAGAGGCCAUUCACCUGCGCUGCAUGUGGGAAGGGAUUCACUGAUUCGUGCCAACUGUUAAGACACCAGCGAGUUCACACUGGGGAGAGGCCUUUUGUCUGCUCGGAGUGUGGGAAGGGAUUCAUUGAUUCAUCCCAACUGCUAAAACAUCAACGAGUUCACAAAUGACUGUGGUUCAAACUCUACUGUUAUCACAUCCAUUCUUACAGUUGGGUAUGUUUCUCCUGGUGUUAUCUCUUAACUGGGCUGGAGGUUAACACCCUGAAUCUACAACUGAUGGUGUUCUCAGCACUGCAGUGUCCCACUGUAACUGUCCCUCUCAUCCUGCACUGAUCUUUGAUACAAGCUUUAUGAUUCAAUGUUUGAAACGUUCCGCUGAUUAACAUCUCCAGUGAUCCGGUGCGGAUCAAUCCUUGCUGACAAUUCUUACUGACCUGGCCAUUCCAUGCAAUGGUUCCUCCGUUGUCCAUGGUGAAGAAAAUUAGUGGGAAUUUGGGGAGAAUCGAGUCCUCAAGUGUUACCCUGCCAUCUGGUAAAGAAACCGAGAAAUUGGAGGCAGAUCCAAGCAAAAUAAUGGACUGUAAGAAAUCAGUCUCUCUUAACUUAUGGGAGCUCAAAAAAUGCUUUGAGUCUUGUACAAAUAGGUCUCCUUCGCUCUGUCACAAUCUGAUGAGGAAAGCUUCUACAGCUGCUUUCUGGCUGACAGACACACGUUAUACCUGUUACCUCUGCCCAGGACUUGUCUCCAGCACAGGCUCUAAAACCAGACAGUUUUAACUCUGGACACAUGCAAACUGUGUGAACAUUAAAGCAAGCUCAAGAGAGGAAAGGAAAGAGAAUUCGAAUUAAUUCAGUUUUGCCCCCACUAUUUAACUGUUCAGAGAAAACACCAGCAACAGAAGCCAGCACACACACACACUGCAUUAUCCUUGGGGACCAAUCAACCAUUCUUACCUGUGAAGGCUAUAAGCGUUUUCUGACUGUUUAGCUUAUGCAUUGUAUUUAAACUCUUGCCUCUCAAAAACCUCUUUUAAUAUCAGUAAUGAGUUUGACACCCCUCAGCCCCUGCGCCAGUAAUUUUGGGCUCUGGACCUAAAUUUACAAGUGGUGCUGCAAUUGGGGUCGUAGUGGCCCAGAUCAUAAUCUUGAGAAGCAGUGUUCUGAGGUAACUGCGAACAGAGAAGUUCUUAAGUGAAGCCAGGGUAUACAAUGAUGUUGGCAUGUUAUAAGAAAUGGAAAAUAACCUGUCGGUUAUAGGUGAGUGCGAUGGGAGUUAUGAGUAAACACUCAGUAGGCUUUCUAAGGAGUUCAAGAAUCAAAAGUAAGAUUUGACUUGGGUCUAAAAUCAGUUGGUCUGUGUUUUGUCUUAAAUUUCUUUCUGGGAUGUGGUGAAUCACUGGAAAGACUAAUGUUUAUUGCCUAUUCCUAGUUCAUAGAAUCCCUACAGUGUGGAAACAGGUCCUUCGGGCCAACGAGUCCACACUGAC